AUGGAAAAUCAAACCAUGCAGAAAAAACAGUGUGAUAUGAGAACAGAUCUGAACUUACUCCUUGAAUGCCUUAAGUAUCAGAUGGACUGCCCUGAAUCUCAGAAAGAGGCUUUGAUCACUAUUUAUUCAAUUUGUCAACAAAACAGUGAAGCAAGUGAAUAUUUUCGAGAAAUUGGUGGUUUGAUGUUUAUAAAUGAUCUUGCAAAGUCAAGUGUUCAUUGCAUAGUUAAGGAAGCAGCUUUAUUUACAUUAGGAAAUAUAAUAGAAAGUAAUGUUUAUUGUCAACAAACUUUGUGUACUUCUGCAUUGUUUGAAGACCUCAUUUUAUUUUUAAUUAAUAAGGAUUCUGGUGUGAACUUGAAAAGAAUGUCUGUUUAUGUCAUCUUAGUACUUGUUUCAAAUAAUAAAAAUGGGCAAACUUAUGUCAGAGAUACAGGCUGCAUUAGUCUUCUGCUGCAGUUAUUUAGGUAAACUCUUUCCACAUGUGAGAUGAAUCUGUCAGAUGAGAAUGCCAAUCGGUGCUAUCAGCUGUGGUCGUCAGUCUGCAGUACUCUCUGUGCCUGUGUUAACAAUCCUCAGAACGAAGAUAAUCAAAACAUUUGCUGUUCAGUUUUUCCAUAUGCCAAAGAGUGGCUAGAAAAUUGCACAGACCCCAAGAUAGUUCGUCCUAUUUGUUCAUUUGUUGGUCUCACAGUUGCAAAUAACUCGUAUGUGCAGAAAUAUUUUGCUUCCGUUGGAGGGUUGGAUACAUUAGCUAAAGUUCUCAUCAAGCUUACGCACAAUUCCUGUAUGAGUCACUCAAGCACACAACUUGCAGUAGUAGUAACAAAGACUCUGGAUGCCUGCAUUGCUACUGACUCUGCCAUGGGUGAUGUCUUGGCAAAGUAUCACAUUGUGUCAGAGCUACUGAAGCUGCUGUCCAGUGACACUCUGGAUACAGGAGAAAAAAUUAGUAUUAUUCUAACAGUUGGACACUGUACUGAAGUUUGUGAAGAAAACCAGUGUGAAUUGCUCCAGAACAGUGGUCUUCCACUUAUGAUUCAGGUAUUAACUGAGUCUCAGGAUGAGGAACUACACAAAGCUGCUACUUUUGUGCUGCAAAACUGCAAGCAAAUGACUGAACGAUUGUCCUUGAAAAUAAAUGAUACUUCAUUAAACUUGGACAAUGCAGAAGAGUUGGAUGUGCAAGUCAGAAAAAGAACUCUACAAGACUACUGGAAGAAGGCAAAAGGAAUUUUACACAGAAUAAACUUGAUUGAAAAAGAACAUGAUGAGGAAAGAGUUCAAGGAGGAGUAUUUGUAGACAGAUCUUCAGAAGCCAAUAUAGAAGCAUCAAAACACCAUGAAAUAAAUCCUGCUGAUCCAAGAACGCAUAUAGAAAGAACACAAAGAGAAGUACAUUAUCCACAGUUGACCUCUGAAUUGGGUGAUCAGGUUCUUGCUCCAUCUGUAAAAUCUUCUCCACUGAAAAAUGAAAUGGUGAACACUAGGGAUCCAGUAAAUGCUUCUGCUGGACAAAGUGAACAGCGUAAUAUUCCAUGUUCAGUUAAUGAACUGCGAGCAGGCAGUGUACCUCAAAGUCACAGUGUAAAUGAAAAAACUACUUGUGUAAAAAAUCAGCCUGUUCUUCGAGUAAGCGAAUACUCAUUUAAACAACCAGCAGAGAUUGUUAAAAAUGUGAGACAGACAUGCACAUCAGAUCAACAGUCGUUCUACUCAGAGAUAACCAAGGAAGAAAAAUGUACUUCAACUACAUUUGCAUCCUAUAAAAAGGCAGAUUUAAGGUGUUCAGGUUGUACAGCAGGAAGACUGUGCUUCAAUAGUAAAACCUUUACCAAGAUGUUGCAAAGUUGUCCAUACAAGUGUGACCAUCACAAAGUCAUUCUGGAAGUAGAAGAAAGAUAUAAAAGUGAACUCCGCAAAUCGGCUGUGUGUAACAACAGUAGAUAUGCAACUCAUGAGAGUAUUCUUUUGACACCAGUUAGAAAAAACAAAUGUGGUACUUCAGAUAGAGAUGAACACAGGAAAAAUCCUCGGUUGACUGACAACUAUAACUUGAUACCAACAUAUGGAAAGUCUUCCCAAAAAAAUGAAGAUGCUAACUUGAAGAGACAAAGAGUCAAAGAAAUGUGCAACCAGCAAUGUCAGUGCGUAAGAAAAAGCUGCAUAUAUUCGCUUGACAAGGUUGAGGACAAUGAAAUAUGUCCCAUGCACACGAACACAAGAACUUUAAGCAAGGGAAGAAGAACCCGAAAAAAUUUCACGACUGAGGAAAUUAACUAUCUUUUGAGUGGAGUAGAAAAAAUGGCUAAUCACUGGAAUUUAAUUUUGUGGUCUUAUCCAUUUCAGAAAGGACGGACAAGUGUUGAUCUUUCCAAGAAGUACUACAGGUUACAAGUAAUCUUAAUUUCAUUUUCUACUACUCAGAUAUGUUCUCAGCUCAGUUGUCAGCUUUUUGCCAUGAACCGACUUGCAAAAGCAGGACAGGCUAGCAUAGUUUGCAGCCCCUGGGGUUGUGCUUUGUGUCGGUUCAACGCUGUGCAUGUCGAGCCUUGGAAUGCUCUCUGCUGUGAUGCAGUCGGGGCUUGUGCUUGCCGCGCGGGAACGAAACGGGGGAAGUACUAG